UUAAAUGACGAUUUUCAAGAUUUGAGGAAUGAAAUAUGGCACAGAAACGUUCAAGGUACUCAAGGUAUUCAAGGCGAGGAUCUUUCGCCCAAAGAAGUAUAUAUUAGCAUUGUCAAACGCCUUUUCUCGUGUGUAAUAUAUCCCACCCAAGAUGAAAUAAAAGAGUCCCUCAAGGACUACUUGAAUGAAAAGUUCCCUGAAUUCAUAGCAAACUUAAGUGCUAAUGAUUUUGCAAACUGGUUCCAUGGCUCUCACGAAGCUAAACAAUCAACACAAAUGCAAUCAAUGCAGGCCAAUUCCAAUACUGAACCUGACCUCAAUACAACUCCCCUGUCCCGAA